AAAAAAAAAUCGACUAAUUCAAAGUGAGGGAUAACUUCAACGUUUUUUCUUUUGUGAGUUAGUUUUGUUGAGAGCUGUACCUUCUUAAAGAAAAAUGUAACUCCAACAAGAAGGUUGCUUGCUGAACAGGGCCUUGAAACAGGACUAAAUUACAUGAAACCGUGCAUCAACUGACAGAAUGGCCUGAUUUUACCAAGAUGAUGGAUGCUGGUGUUUUUCUACUCACACUUUUGUACUCUUAGGCCAUGUCUGAUAGGAACUGGAUUGAGCUGUCAAAGCCCCCAUCAACUGCAAUACCCUCAUCAACCCUCUGUUACCUCAUCAAAAAAGUUAAUAAAGGAUCCAAAGCUGCUUAUGAUUCAGAAUUACACAUCAUACAUGAAAGGAUGGCUGGUCAAAAUUGGAUGUUCUCCAAGAAUGUGGCACUUCACUGUGUUCCUAAAGGUGGAAAAGUACUGACCAAGGAUCAAAGUUUGGCAUUUUGUUGACUUGUGAGUUACUGGAGAGAGAAUAACUUUUGAGUAUCAGGCUGAAAAGAAAAAGGCACAAUCAAUUUAUGAAGUGGCAAGAGGAACGCGUGAAAAAAUGUUCUGAACUGGAGACAGGAAUACGCUGGAGAUGAAUUUGAUAUCAAACUGUCAAACCAUAAACACAACUCAAUUGUAAGAAGUUGAGCCUACUACGGUUGCACAAUUAAAAUCACUUCUCUCUCUUUCCCUUGGUUUGGGAUCCUGUUUUGACUCACACAUUUAAAAACUGUGUAGUUGAAUUGUCAAACAGUAGUGACACUCACACCAGAUAGAUGCCAGAAUGGCAUUGGAAAUUGAUAUCAAAUCUCUCAAAGGUCUAGAACGUGAGAAGGUUCUGGAAGUCCUGCAUCGAGAUGAAAUUCUACGUAAAGCUGAACAAGAACGGAUAAGGAAGUUAAAAUCUGGUUAUCAAGAAAUUCGGCGAAAGGGGGCAAAAAUUUCCAGCCGGGAAUACAGUAGCCAAUCCUGUGCUCGAUGUCAGAACACACUAGGACUGGUGUUUAAUGUCGGUGUGGUGUGUAGUAUCUGCAAUCACAAAGUGUGCAGAGAAUGCUGUGUACACAAAAGCGAUAGGGUGUGGAGAUGCACAUUGUGUCAUGCUCACUGGCAGAUGAAGGUGAAAUCUGGAGAGUGGUUUAUUGAGGAAAGAGCAAAGAAAUUUCACCAGGAGCAAGGUAAACAUGAAACAAUAAGUGAGAAGCUCUUGCACACUUUUCGAACAUUGAGUAAUAUCGCCAUUGUGCCUCCUACUCCCCCACCUGUGGGAUGUUUAUUGGAGGAAAAGCAUUCUAAAGGAUUCACCAGAUCUAUGGAGAAUUUGUUUUGGUCUCUCACUGGCCACAUCAAACAAAUCUCCAAGUCCCAAGAAGAUGUGAUGAAGGGCAGCAAAUUACUCACAGCAGAUUAUGGGAAAGAAGACUGUGAGCUAAAGAAAGAGAGAAGAAGUCUGUCAGACACAGCCUUAGUCAACUCCUGCAAGCUAUCAGCCUCAGCCAGUCUCCUCAGAGUCAGCAAGCAGGACGAAAAGGAUGGAGGAACUUUGCAGGAAGUAGAUUUGCAGCAUACAGAAGAAGUCAAUUCUACAUCGAAUCAACUCGACCCAAUAAGAAGCCAAGUUCCUACUCAGCAUGAAAUACCUCAGUGGGGUGGUGUAUACAGCAUCACCAACACCUGCAUGGAACCAGAGACUUUGGACAAUGCGAAUGUUACUGGUGAAAUCGAGCUCUCUAUCCAGUACAACUUUAAGGCUGUAGCACUGGAAAUCCACAUCAAAGCGUGCAAAAAACUAGCUUAUGGAGAUGAGAAAAAGAAAAAAUGUAACCCGUAUGUGAAGACCUAUUUGCUUCCUGACAAAUCUCCUCAGAGUAAGCUGAAGAGCACAGUGAAGAAGAACUCGGUGAAUCCAGUGUUUAAUGAAACAUUAAGGUACAACAUUGAACGAUCACAGUUGGAGAUGAGGACACUUCAAGUGUCUGUGUGGCACUGUACAACACUCAAACGGAAAGUGUUUCUGGGAGAGUUACAGAUUCCCUUUGAGGACUGGAAGUUUGAAGAUAACUCGACCCAGUCAUACAAGUGGUACCAGCUACAAGACAAGAUAAUGCCAGUGCAUGACCCAGGAUUACAUUGAAGAACAUGUGUCUUCAUACAAUAUUUUAAACUUGAAGAUCUCAAUGGUAUUUGUAAUGCUUUAAAUAUAAAUUUAGGUACCUGGACUGAAAAUUAAAUUUCUAAUAUGACAAUGAUGAGGUAUAAAAUUAUGUUUUGAGAUUGCCUGUUCAAUUUAAAGUAAAAUGAAGGAGGUCAGGUGACUUUUUGUAAAGCCUUCCCGACAGCAAGCCUGGGUGAUUUGAUUGUUAGAGAUUAAAGAAGGCCCAGGUUGUUUUCUGCAAAGAAGGCGCAAGGUGUUUACACUUGGAGACAGCAUCAACAGCCUGUGUGCUAACAGUGGAUAGACUGUGAGUCUCCAAAGUCAUAGAAAAGUGUUGAGAAUGUUAGGUUGUAAAUAGUUGUGCUUUAAACUGUCCAUUUACUUCCAAGAUAAAAGAGAGCUGGGGUUUCAGGGAUAGCUAACCCUGGAUAUAAGGCUGAUGUAGUUCACAUUGCCAUGGAGACGGACUUUGAGUUAGGAAGGAUCUAAGAUAUACUUAAACACCCACAGAUGAGAUUCGUCUGCCAGGGUCCAGGUGAGAAAGAGGCCAAAGGUGUCUGUGGUUCACAGCACAGGAAUGUGAGUGGGUGCUUGCACUUGGAUUAGAAAGACCAAAUUCGUGAGAAGUUAAAACAAGGCUGGAAAAUUUGUGUAACUUUAGCUAGAAGGAAAAGUCUCCAGGAAAACUUGUACCUUGAAAGACAGUUCUAGAGUUAAAAGUUUCCAGGCUGGGAAAGGAAAAGAUUGGAGGUAAACCCUUGGGAGUUAAGGAUCAUUUUGGACUGAUUCUGGGAGAAGUAAAUGUCUGCUUAAAGGACAGUGUAAUGUAUACUUGAAGUGGGUUUUUUUGGUUGUGUUAAAAUUCUGUUCUGUAGUUUAAAGUACAAGUUACCUACAAAAAUACUGUUUAGUCAAUCAUUGUGUGCCAUGCCAAUGUACAGAAACACAACGCAACAUGACCAUGCAAGUUAGCAGCUGAUAUCUGUAUGCACAUGCGCAUUUGUAGCACAUGUGCAGUAUCCACUGAUACCAUUUACAGGACAAACAAAUCCACUCUCAUAAACACUGACAGGUUCUUUCUGGUAGUCUUCAAACUUUUAAUAAUGAAUAAUGAAUCCAUGUAUCCCCAAAAUGAUCUAUACCACAAAAAAUAUUUCUCUUGAUAUUUCAUCUUUUAAUAAAUUUCUAAAAAGAGA